AAUCCCAAGUGUGGUAUAAAUAAUACGCGCAAGAGCACUCUCGAGCCAGUUAGGAUAGCGUCUAUGAGAGUUGCAGUCGUAGUUGCAAGCAUACAUGACAGUGCAGCGUCUUCGAGGCAACAAAAUCCAAGAGUCAGUGCCUAGAGGGACAUUUAAGAUAACGUUAAAAAAUACAAAGAGCUUGUUUAAAAAGGAUGAAUAGUACAAAGGACCAGACACCGGAUUUGGUACAAAUCUUACAGUAUCUUCGCGACCCGCUAACAGAGUUUUCGGAAGUAUCACCUACGUCUCUACCAUGUAUAGGCGAUUCCCAGACAUCACCACUAAGAUAUGAACAAGAUCACUACGGAUGUAUCCCAGAAUAUACCACACUGCCCAGUACACCAUUUGAUCCAGCGUAUCUUCCAGAAACUGGUUCCGAUGGAAGUGAGGUUGAAGAUGAUUCAUCAGUGAUUCUAGAUUACACUCUUACGGAAUGCGCAAGCUGCGGCCAUAUCUUCUGCCAUAAUUGUUCAUACUGCCAAGGAUGUUGUUCGUGCUAUAACAACAACAACGCUCACCUUAACCAAUAUAAAGAUCCAUCUCACAGUCCCAUUGCCGAGGAAGAUUCAAAUGACUCUAUUGAAAAAAUCCCCAGCCUCCCCAGCAUAGACAUUUUUCGUGAUUUAGAGCGUCCUUAUCCUUCCCCGACUCACAACGAGACCGGAAAACGAAAACGAGGGGCGAAAAACAUACUUCUUUGGAAAUUUCUUUUGGCUGAACUGAGUGCACCGAAUGCAGGUUAUAUAAAGUGGGUGAACAAGGAUGAGGGAACGUUCAGAUUCAUGGACACUGUUGAAGUGAGCAGGCGAUGGGGACAGAAAAAACAGAAAACUGAUAUGAACUUCGAGAAACUUAGUCGUGGAAUUCGACACUACUACAAAAACAAGUUCAUGACUCGUAUCGAUGGUGUGCGACUGGUGUAUAAGUUCAACUGGUCGAAGAUACCCAAGGAAUGGCGACCGUGUGGUGUGUUUGGACAACCAAAAAAUUGAAUAAAAUGGCUGUCCAUUCCAAUCCGAGCCGGGAAAUGUGCAUAAAAUCCAAACAGUCAUGGCUUUAUUUUUCUGAAUUGUCUCGUGUUUGCUGCAGUAUGGAGGACGAUGAAAUCUCAGCUGUCCCUAGGGCAAUCUUUGUCGAUAUGAUGUGUUCAGACUUUCUAAUAGAUUUUUCUAGAAAGCUCAAUAUUUCAUCAUGUGUUCGAACAGUUCUUAUAAAAAUUUUAUAAAAUAUUAUAUAUAUUUUUACAUGUAUAUAUUGAUUUAUUAUCUGUAAAUAAACUACUCGUAUGCGUUGUUGUAUACUGCCGUUGAUUAAUAAAAUUAUUCUAAGUGGAA